GUUAUACGAGUUUGCGGGUGAUGGAAUGACUGUGAACCUGAUCGACAUUCGAUAUUCACGUGUGGAGCCCCGCAUUUUCUGAGAAUCCUUCAAUAGCUCUCCACUCUUAUAAGCUUGACAUCUGUCCUAUGUCCCACACCCAUACCAAUUCAUCUUCAUCCAACUUGAACAACUUGAAUAAUACAAAAUGGUCAAUCCGGAUACUACUACUUAUCCUCGCCCAGACUUUGAGCGCUCUGGGCUGAACUGGAAAUCUCUCAACGGACCUUGGGAUUUCCUUUUCGAUGACGAGGAUGCAGGUCUCUUAAGUAAUUGGCACCGUAAUGGUCUCCCAGAGCGGGUGGAAGUUGGCGGCUCGCAGGAAUCUGACUCCACUACGGGAAAGGAUGGCGAAACUAUUACACAAAAGAUCGCGGCCUUGCCAGAGAAUUUGUUAAAGGACAACGACUUCACUGCCGGCGCGAACAGCUACUCAAAAAGCAAGAUCAUUGUCCCCUUCGUCUUUCAAACAGCUGCAUCCGGUGUCCAUGAUCUCAACGCUCACGAAGUAAUCUGGUAUGAGCGCACCGUCACGGAUGUUCGCACUGCUCAGGAGAAGGAAAACCAGAACCGUGUAUUGUUGCGCUUUGGAGCUGUUGACUAUGAUGCUACAAUCUGGAUUGAUGGAUUCUAUGUUGGUGGUCAUCGUGGAGGUCAUGUGCCUUUUGACCUUGAUAUCACCGAGUCAUUGAAGCCUGAUGGCAGUUCUAGGCUGACCAUCCGGGUGAAGGAUGCGGUCUACGACUUGACACAACCACGUGGAAAGCAGUACUGGGCAGCUAAGCCGGAGAGCAUUUUCUACACACCAUCUUCUGGCAUUUGGCAAUCGGUUUGGCUCGAAAGUGUGCCCGCUGCUCGUAUUGCCGAUCCAAGCCAUGGAACAACCCUCCGGAGCGACGACAUUGAGAAUGGAAAGCUGAAGGGUCGCGUUCAGGUGUCUGGCCGAAGAUCAGGACAGAAAUUGUCUGUAGAGAUUGAAGCUAGUCUGGGCGGUGUCGUUGUCGGUAGCGAGAAGAAGGCACUCGGCCGUGAGAAUGAUGGCGUCGAUCUCACUCUCAGUAUGCGUCUGUCGUCGGACAAGGUAUCUCAACUUGAGAAGUCUUUUCUCGAAAAGGCUCCCUUGGACAAUGACUGCUAUUGGCUCAACAGCGUAGCGCUUUGGUCCCCCACUCAGCCAACACUGUACGAAUUAACGAUCCGCCUCUAUGAUCACAGCGAUAAGCUCAUUGAUACGGUUCGCACACAAACUGGAAUGCGGUCUAUCAGGUGGAGGGACACAAACAACCGUCUUCUCUUAAACAAUAAGCCACUUUUCCAGGCACUUUGCCUUGAUCAGGGCUAUUGGCCCGAGACGGGCAUGACACCCCCAUCUCCAGAAUCUCUCAAAGUAGAUAUCGAACUAUCCAAGAAGCUUGGCUUCAACGGAUGCCGGAAGCACCAAAAAGUGGAAGAUCCUAUCUUCCUCUAUUACGCGGACAAGCUCGGCUACCUUGUUUGGGGCGAGAUGGCAAACGCAUAUCAGUUUAGCGCAGAAUACAUGUCCCGAUUCGACCAGGAAUGGAUCGAGUCGGUCAAGCGCGAUAUCAACCACCCAUCGAUCAUCAUAUGGACCCCCGUCAACGAGACAUGGGGUUAUCCGUCUUUGAAGGACUCCAAGGAUCAGCAAGACCACAUCAAGAGCCUUGUCUUUGCAACCAAGAGCUUGGACCCAACGAGGCCUAUCAAUGACAACUGCGGCUGGGAGCACGUUUACGAUGAUUUGACGACUUUCCAUGACUAUGCCGAUGCACCCGAGCUCACGCAGACCUGCAGCAAGCUGGAAAACAUACUGGGCGAGCACGCCGGCAGGAAUGUGUUCGUCGGCGGCGCAAGCCAUCGUAAAGAUGCACCUGUCAUCUGUACAGAGUUCGGUGGCGUCAAUAUCAAACCCGGCAGCGCGGGAGAUGCAGGCGAGCGGGAUUGGGGAUAUACCACCGCUAGCGAUCCCGAGGAUUUGCUGAAGCGUGUGAGAGGCCUGGCCAUGGGUGUGGUCAGCAGCGGGAUCAUCUCAGGAUUCGUAUACACCCAAUUGACCGACAUCGAACAGGAAGUGAACGGUCUUUAUACUUUUGACAGGAAGCCAAAAUUGGAUGUCGAUAAAGUGAGAGCAAUCAUGGAAGAAGCUGCCAAGGUUUACCUCAGUUCACUGGAAAAGUAAUAAUUUGGCUCCGUGUAAAUAUUUCCCUGCAGAGACGGGGUAGAGGAUAAUGACUUCUCAUCUGUGGCUUUCGCUCGGGGCCCAAAGGCAUGGAUAUGGGUAACAGGCCAUCGAGGUGGACAUGGACCCAGGUUCUUGGGACCAUGGAGGCUCUCAGCCGAAGGGGAAAGCCGGAAAUAGUCCUGGGAAGGCUCGUGAGGUUAUUUAACUGACUACAGAGACAUUACAGAGGCAGAAU